CCUGAAAUAUGACACAGAAAAAUAAAAUAUAUAUUUUCUUAUGCCUUCCGGCCCGUAAUAUUGAAAAUAUGCAUAAGUUAACAGCUACCCUUUCAAUGUGAUAUAUUUGUUUACUGAAACUGUGGCGCCGGCAACAGUAACAACAUGGGACCAAGCCAAAGAGUCGCCAACGCCGUCAACUAUAAUGUGUCAGCUUCGACGACAAUGUUUGCCACUAAAAGUCGGUUUGCGUAUCCCUAAUCGAAAGGAAUCAAGGAAGAAAUACAAAUAAAAUAUACUGUAAUUAGAGAAAAACACAUAAACCAAAUCGUAUAUAUAUACACAGGAAAAUCUCUAUUAUCUUUAUAUAUAGCGAGAUUUUCCUCUUGUGAAAUUUUUUCCCAACUAUAAAGUGUACAACAAAUUAUGAGUGUACUCGCAUAUCCACCCACAAAUGAUGAGGAAAUAUUACGCCGAUGCACAAAACAAUGCGGAAUAAUUACAUCCACGGAAGAUCAACAAUACUUUGCCCUAGAGUGUACAUCGUGUCAAGAGAGGUUUCUUUACUUUGAUGCCUUUAUAGAACAUAUUCAGACAAAACACGACACAUCAUGCAACAGUGAAGGUAGACCACGAAAACGUCGCCAUGAUGAAGAUGAGAAUGAAGACUUGACGGAUGACCAUCCGCCAAUUCUUGAACCUCCGGUGGUUAUGAUAAAGGAAGAAAAGUAUGACUUGGGAGAUAAUGACGAUGAUGAGGCACGAAUUGACAAUGAGCCAUUGUUUAAUAAUGAUGAUGACUAUGCUGAUGGCUACUAUGGUGGCGUUAAAAAGGAGCAAAUUGAUCCCGAUCUUAGUAUGGGAGGAGGGGAUUCAAGUUAUAUGGCUGAUACUAGUUAUAUGAGUGAUUCUUUUCCCGGUUACAAUGAGGAUUAUGAAGAUGGAGAAGAGGGUGGUGACGAUGUAAACUAUGAUGAUAUGGUAGAAGAAUCCUUGUUAGAUAGCUCUGCUGGUCCAGGCGUUACCAACCACAUAAAAGAUCGCAGAAUGAUACAAUUUCUAAUCGAGGCCUAUCGCAGAAAUAACUUUCUCUGGGAUCAUCAUCAUCCACAGUUUCGAGAUCGUGUUAAGCGCGGACAAUUUCUUGAGUGGAUCAAUGCAGAAUUCAAGAGACGUUUUAAUUUGGUACUGGCUAAAGAUGCUGUAACGCGAAAAUGGGAUAAUUUGCGCACUGUAUACAAGCGUGAAUGUAAUCGUAUGGCUUUGGAGAGAACUAAUGUCAGUACUUUGUGGUAUUUUAAAGAAUUAUUCUUUCUUAAUCGAAUGUAUGGUGGCAAUCAAAAGAUGUCCGAUGCCAUUAUAAAGGAAACCAUCUACCGUAGACGAUUUUCGGCUCUAUGGAAUGACAUAUCAACAAACAAAUUGAUAGAACUUUUAAAAAAUUAUCCCUGUUUCUAUGACAAGUAUCACAUUGAUUAUCGCAGCAAAGAGAAGCGGGGCGAAGCAUUGCAAAGAAUGGUAAAAGAUCUGGCACCAUUCAUUGAAGUGACCUCAAUACAGAUAUCAAAACGUAUAUCACAAUUGAGAUUCGAUUAUUCAAAACAGAAACAAGAAAGAAUUAUGUGUGACAUGGCUGGGAGAUCGUUUACACCAAAUUAUACCUAUUACGAAACUAUGUCUUUCAUGGACGGUGACAUUGCGCCGUUCAAGUGCGAUCAUUGUCCUUUGAUUCUCAAUUCACCGCGAGAAUUAGACACUCAUCUACUAUCACAUCAGCACAAAGCUGAAUCUCAAAAUAUGAAUUCGUCUGGCGCGGCCAAUCAGAGUGGUGGUUUUAAUGGUGUUUCAAAUUACUACUGUCCUAUUUGUCAGUUAUGUUUCACUGAUCUGGAACAAUUGAAUCGACACAAACAACAGCAUCCACAACUCAAGGAGGUAAAAUAUCACUGUGACCUGUGUACAGCUAGUUUCCGGGAAAAAAGUAACUACGACGAACACAUGCGAAGGCACAAUGAUGAAUUGCUUCUACCGGAUUUGAAUCUCAUUACGCCAGCAGACAGCAAUGAUGAGGUUAUAACCGGUGAUAAUUCGCCUUAUCACUCGACAUCUGAAGAUUCAAUUAAAUCACCAAAAAAACAUAAAUGCACUUAUCCGAUGUGUACAAGAGAAUUUACGACACGUUCUAAAUUGAACGAACAUGCCAAAUUACAUUACAGCGAUGAGGUAUACCCCUGCGAUGUAUGCGGCAAAUCUUUUAGAUCUAUGAAAAAUCUACAAAAUCACAAACAAAUACACGAUGCCGUCAAGAAAUAUGUUUGCAAAGUAUGUGGCUCUGCAUUUGCCCAAGCGGCUGGUUUAUAUUUACACAGGAGGCGGCACAAUCGUCCGGAGUAAUGUACUUAAAGCAAUUUUAUUUAUUUCGAAAAGUAAUGCAAGUUGAACUUUGCGCGACAAAGGUGAAACAUAUAUAUACAGAUAAAUUAUGAUAUUGAUACAAUUAACAAGAUUUGCGGUUUAACACAGUUGGACAAACAUUUAAAAAGCAGUACGUUAUUUUAAUAUGUUUUGUAUUCCCUCUUGUCUUUUCUAUUUUUAAAAUCUCAAAAUAUUGUAACUUUAAAUAAUUUAACUUUUAUUUUAAUCGUAUAAACAAAAUAAUUGUUUAGCUCGCGAACUAUUUUUCGACUCAUUUUCAAGAAUUUUUGUUUAACAUAAAACUAUUAUAUACUUCUAUGAAAUUCAAACUAUUUUGUCGCCUAUAUUUCCACAAAACCCCGGCUUACAAAAAGAAAUGCUAUUUGUCAGCGCCUUAGUAAAUAUUUUCCAUUAUUCCUUUUCAUAGUUUCCAUUGCUUUAUUAUUGAUUUCAGUGGUAUGUGCGACAAAAAUUCCAACAACAAGUCCCUGCAAAAAUCGAAAAAGUUAUUUUUUUGUACGAAAAUGGCUUCAAUUUGUCAAUAGUUUAAUAUUUAAUUAAUCACUUUUUUCUGAUAUAUUUAUUUUAUUACUUUUCCUCCUAACUCAGUAUUAAAGAAAAAUGAUGUAUGAUUUCAUUGCUUUUACCUAUAUAUAAUGCAGCAGCUUAAUAAGUUAUAAUGAAUAUAAUUUAAAAUUAAAAUAUAUAUUGUAUAUAAUUACAAAAUAAUGCAUUAUUUUUUAAUUUAUCAGCAUCCACCACUAUAUAUCUAGAGAUUAUUAUUUGUAUGUAGCGAUAAAUGUUUAAGUAUUUUAUUUUCCCAUUUAAAAAUCAGAUUUUAUAAAACUAAUCAUGUAUCUCCUUUUCGAACUAAGCAUAAAAUCCAAACAUUCCACACAUCACCGAACAUCAAACAAAAACUAGAAUUAAACGUAAUAUUUUUAAUGCAAAUAUAUAGACACAUACACCAAUCUACUUAACUAAUAACUUAAACGAAACAAUAAUAUUUUUUUAUAGUUUUAGUCCAUUCUUAUGCAAGGUUAAACAACAAAGUAUUUGACACAACAGCAAACAAGAAUUAACCGAGAUUAUCUGCAAAAAAAAAAAAAACAAACAAAUAAAUAAAUAAGUUUAGAAACAACACAAAAAAAAAAAAUUAACAGCAUAGAUCACCAAUGCUUUGCAAUAAGUAACCUUUAAGAUAAAAUAGCAAAACUACCAUGGAAAUUUAACAUGUACCAGCAACCAUGUAUGUGGCAAGUUUUCUUUUGGAUAUUUCUGCUUUUGCAUCACUACAAAGCAAAAUUAAAAUUCUUGAAAAUUUAAAAUAGGGCUGUUCCAGAACCUGCAAGAAUGUUAUAUUUUUUCGAUAUCGUAAAAGUAAAAUAGGUUAUCGUAGUAAAAAUUUUGUACUCUUAAAAUUCUGAAACAGACCAACAAAAAUAAUUAAAAAGCUUUUCUUUAAAUUUCAUUUGAAACAAGCAUCUUCUUUGGGAAAUUCAAAAUCAUAUCGUGGUUGUUGGCCCUCAUACAACAAGAUGAAUUAGAAAUAACAAUUUGUUAAGUAAUAAAUAGCAGUGUCUUACAUAUGGUAUUGAAUAACAACAAACAGUUUAUUGUCUUAAAAUAUAAAUAAUAAAAACAAUCCUUUAAUAAGAUCA